GAAUGGGUAUCCCCGCGUGCGCGAACAGGAUAGCCAGGCGGGCCCCGCCCUGGCCCGUUGAUUGAUCACCAAAGAUCACUGUGGCUUUAAUGGUCCGCUUGGAUGGAAAUUAAUUCUGGAAUGGAUAAAUAAUGCAUCAGGAUUUAUGUGUAGUGCAAGGCAAGCCGGAGCCAGGAGAGGGAGCCGAGGGGUGACGCCUGUGGUCCCAGGGUGGAAGGAGCUGGGCAUGAAGGGCCAGUGGCCAAGAAGAGAAAAGGGAAGCGGAUGGCAGCAUGAUCGGCCCAGCAGGUCUGGCCAGGUGGCUGCAGCAUGCUGAGCCCAAAGAUCAAACAGGGCAGGAGGGCUCGCUCCAAGAGCCUGGUGAUGGGGGAACAAAACCGGAGCCCAGGGAGGCCCCCGGUCCCCCACAAGCUCAGCCCUAUCCUCAAGGCUGGCUGGCUGAAGAAACAGAGGAGCAUCAUGAAGAACUGGCAGCAGCGAUGGUUUGUGCUACGUGGGGACCAGCUUUUCUACUACAAAGACAAAGACGAUAGCAAGCCCCAGGGAUUUGUUUCUCUACAAGGGACACAAGUGACUGAACUUCUUCCAGACCCUGAGGACCCAGGGAAGCACCUGUUUGAGAUCACUCCAGGUGGUGCCGGGGAACAGGAGAAGGUGCCGGCCAACCCUGAGGCGCUCCUGCUCAUGGCCAGCUCCCAGCGUGAUAUGGAGGACUGGGUGCAGGCCAUCCGCCGCGUCAUCUGGGCUCCGCUGGGCAGAGGGAUCUUUGGGCAGCGCCUGGAGGACACAGUGCACCAUGAACGGAAGUAUGGUCCCCGCCUGGCACCUCUACUGGUGGAGCAGUGUGUGGACUUCAUCCGGGAGCGAGGACUCAGUGAAGAGGGGCUCUUCCGUAUGCCCGGCCAGGCCAACCUGGUGAGGGACCUACAGGACUCCUUCGACUGUGGGGAGAAGCCGCUGUUUGACAGCACCACCGACGUGCACACAGUGGCCUCCCUGUUGAAGCUCUACCUUCGGGAGCUCCCAGAGCCGGUCAUCCCCUUCGCCAGGUAUGAAGACUUCCUCAGCUGCGCCCAGCUGCUCACCAAGGACGAGGGGGAGGGGACCCUGGAGUUGGCUAACCAAGUGAGCAGCCUUCCUCAGGCCAACUACAAUUUGCUCAGAUACAUCUGCACGUUUCUGGAUGAAGUGCAGGCCCACUCCGAUGUCAACAAGAUGAGUGUUCAGAACUUGGCAACUGUCUUUGGGCCUAACAUCCUUCGGCCGCAGAUAGAGGAUCCAGUAACCAUCAUGGAAGGCACUUCUUUGGUUCAGCAUCUGAUGACUGUCCUCAUCCGCAAACACGGACAGCUCUUUGCCACAGCCUCCCUUGAGGGACCUGCUUCACCACAUAGUACUGUCCAGGGCACAGUAGAGUCGAGCUCCGAGGAGGUCACCAGGGACCACCAGGGUGAGCCUGGCAGCCCUGGCUUGCCCACACACAGGACUUCAUCUCUGGAUGGGCCGGCUGCGGCAAUGCUCUCUAGAACUUCUCCAUCACGCCUUCGCAGCCAGACCGACCCUGCAGCCACCAGCCCCGGGAAGAGGGUACACACUCUGCCUGGCUGGAAGUCUGCCUUGCGGCAGCACGGGUCCCGGUCAGAGAGCCCAAAGGUGGGCAGCUCGUCUUUAGAGGUACCUAUCAUCUCUUCUGGUGGGAACUGGCUCAUAAAUGGGCUCUCCUCUCUGCGAGGCCACCGUCGGGCCUCAUCAGGGGACCGGCUCAAGGAGUCAGGCUCAGCACAGAGACUCUCUACCUAUGACAAUGUGCCUCCUCCACCCAGCCACUUUUCUAGCACUGCCAGCACGGCCAGCACAGGAUGGUCUGCAACCUCUUCCUCCCGAGAGGCCUCUGUCAGCAGCUGCACAGCCUGCCGGGCCAGCGACUCUUCUGCCUGCAGCUCUUUACACACUGAGUGGGCUCUCGAGCCCUCUCCUCUCCCCAGUAGCAGUGAGGACCACAGGUCCCCAGACCUGGGCCACAGCCUGGAUGAGGCAUGUGUGGGCAGCGGCAGCAGUGAGCCCAAUGACCCAGGCAGCCCCACGCAGGCCCAUGUUCGCCGAUGCCGGGCUCUCCAGGGCCAGGUGGCCGAGCUCAGGGCAGAGCUGUGUCAGCAGAGGACUGAGUACGAGAGGAGCCUGAAAAGCAUCGAGGAGGGCAGCGCUGACCUGCGAAAGCAGAUGUCUCGGUUGGAAGAGGAGCUGGACCAGGAGAAGAAGAAGUACGCCAUGCUUGAGAUCAGGCUUCGGAACUCGGAGCGGGCGCGGGAGGACGCCGAGCGCAGGAACCAGCUGCUGCAGAAGGAAAUGGAGGAGUUCUUCACCACCCUGGGAAGCUUGACUGUCGGGACCAAAGGGGCCAGAGCCCCAGAGUGAAAGGAGCCGAAGCACAUGCCUACAUAUGUCUGCUCACUUUCCCUGUAGGGCUGGCCACAGGCGGCAGAGGAAACCAGAAGCUUCAAGGUUGGGCUAGGCUACCAGCAGGGCUGUCUGUUCCCAAGUGCCAGAUAAAGAGCCUGACUGACCCCACCUCCCUCCCACAAGGGGACUGUCAGGAUCCCCACACAGUCCAGGCAGGAUCUGGAUGCUUCUCCAAACAUAUGGGUCCCAGCAUGUGUCAGAGGGGACAGUGCCAAGAUCAUCAGCAUUAGCCUCUCACCCAGGAAGAGUCCCCCAGGGGCCAAAGGAUGGCACCUCAGAGCUGGGCCACCAAGAACUUUGCACUCUUUAUUAAAUGUGCUCUGAAAGCUUGG